GGAUGGACGGAUGGACGGCAAGAAGAGCUUCCUGAGGCCCAAGGGAGCUGGGCUCGGGGCCAAGAGCCCAACGGCUCGCACCAUAGAAGGAGCUCCGAGGAGGAGGAGGACUUCCUGCUUUCCCCAUGGAGGAUCCUCCAGCCAGCCAUCCUAACUAGGAAGGGAAGCUCCCCAGGAUCCCAUCUGAUGCCGAGGCUGAAGGAGUCGCGUUCCCACGAAUCUCUGCUCAGUCCCAGUAGCGCGGUGGAGGCCCUGGACCUCAGCAUGGAGGAGGAAGUGGUCAUCAAGCCCGUGCACAGCAGCAUCUUGGGGCAGGACUUCUGCUUUGAGGUGACAACUUCAUCUGGCAGUAAAUGCUUUUCUUGUCGAUCGGCGGCCGAGCGCGACAAAUGGAUGGAGAACCUGCGGCGUGCUGUGCACCCAAACAAGGACAACAGCCGGCGAGUGGAGAACAUGCUCAAGCUAUGGAUUAUCGAAGCCAAAGACCUGCCGGCAAAGAAGAAGUAUUUGUGCGAGCUCUGCCUGGACGAGGUCCUUUAUGCGCGGACGACGUGCAAAUUGAAAAUGGACAAUGUCUUCUGGGGUGAGCACUUUGAGUUCAACAACCUGCCCUCCCUCCGGAGCAUCACUAUCCACCUCUACAAGGAGACGGACAAGAAGAAGAAGAAGGACAAGACCAACUUCAUCGGCUUGAUCAGCAUCCCGGCGGGCUCCGUCACGGGGCGGCAGUUUGUGGAGAAGUGGUACCCGGUAGUGACGCCCAACCCCAGCAAGGGCAAGUCCGGAGGGCCCAUGAUCCGCAUCAAGUCCCGCUACCAGAGCAUGAGCAUCCUGCCCAUGGAGAUGUACAAGGAGUUUGCCGAGUACAUCACCAACAACUACAUGGUCCUCUGCUCGGUGCUGGAGCCAGUCCUGAGUGUGAAGAACAAGGAGGAGAUGGCCUCGGCCCUGGUCCAUAUCCUGCAGAGCACUGGAAAGGCCAAGGAUUUCUUGACCGACCUCAUGAUGUCCGAAGUGGACCGCUGUGGCGAAAACGAGCACCUCAUUUUCCGAGAGAACACCCUCGCCACAAAAGCAAUUGAGGAAUACCUGAAGCUGGUGGGGCAGAAAUACUUGCAAGAUGCAUUAGGCGAGUUUAUCAAGGCGUUGUACGAAUCAGAUGAAAACUGUGAGGUGGACCCCAGUAAAUGUUCGUCCUCGGAUCUCCCCGAACAUCAGAGCAACCUGAAGAUGUGCUGCGAACUGGCCUUCUGCAAGAUCAUUAACUCCUACUGCGUCUUUCCCCGGGAGCUGAAGGAGGUCUUUGCCUCAUGGCGCCAGGAGUGCAGCAGUCGCGGCCGGCCGGACAUCAGCGAGCGCCUCAUCAGCGCCUCCCUCUUCCUGCGCUUCCUCUGUCCAGCCAUCAUGUCCCCUUCUCUCUUCAACCUGCUCCAGGAGUACCCCGAUGACCGCACAGCGCGCACCCUGACCCUCAUCGCCAAGGUCACCCAGAACCUGGCCAACUUUGCCAAGUUUGGCAGCAAAGAGGAGUACAUGUCCUUCAUGAACCAGUUCUUGGAGCACGAAUGGACCAACAUGCAGCGCUUCCUCUUGGAGAUCUCCAACCCAGAGACGCUUUCCAACACGGCAGGCUUUGAAGGGUACAUCGACCUGGGCAGGGAACUCUCCACCUUACACUCUCUGCUCUGGGAGGUUGUGGCUCAGCUGGACCAGAGCACCGCAAACAAACUAGGACCCUUGCCCCGCAUCCUGAGGGACAUAAACUCUGCCCUGAGCAACCCGUCCUGUGUGCAAGUCUCCGUCACGGCGGAUCACACCGCCUCGACGCCAAACGCCAGCAACAGCAUCUCGGUGGGGCUGCAGAAGAUGGUGAUCGAGAAUGACUUAUCUGGUCUGAUAGAUUUCACACGGUUACCGUCUCCAACCCCUGAAAACAAGGACUUGUUUUUUGUCACAAGGUCUGCGGGGGCCCAGCCCUCGCCUGCCCGGAGCUCCAGUUACUCGGAGGCCAAUGAGCCCGAAGUCCAGAUGUCCAACGGCAGCAAGAGCCUCUCCAUGGUGGACUUGCAAGACAAUCGGAUUUUGGACGGUGGGGCCAUCGGGCCCCCCGGCACGAUCGAGGCGUUCAAUGAGAGCCAGUCCUCUGUCGGGCAAGUCCCGAGCCUCUGGGCCACACGAACUCAGCAGAACAACGUGGCCGCCAUGGCCACCGUGCGCCGGGCGGGACAGACCCCGACCACCCCCAACACCGAGAGCGCCCCCGGCCGGCCCCAGCUCUUGGCCCCCCUCUCCUUCCAGAACCCGGUCUACCAGAUGGCAGCGGGCCUGCCGCUCUCCCCCCGGGGCCUGGCAGACUCUGGCUCCGAGUGCCACAGCUCCCUCAGCUCCCACAGCAACAGUGAGGACUUGGCAGCGGCCGCCGCGGCAGCCACCAUGACCACUAAGCACGGCUUUGGCAAUCCCCCUGUGGCUGCCACAGAGGACUUCAACCGGCGUGCGGGGGAACUGGCCCGGCGGCAGCUCUCGCUGACGGACAAGGCCGGUCAGCCCACCAUGCCCCGGCAGAACAGCGGGGGUCCCCAACGGCGGAUAGACCAGCCGCCCCCUCCACCCCCACCCCCGCCCAUCACACGGGGCAGGACCCCUCCCUCCUUGCUCAACACCAUGCAGUACCCACGGCCCUCCAGCGGGGGCAUGCUUUCAUCUUCGCCCGACUGGCCGGGCAGCGGCGCCCGGCUCCGGCAACAGUCCUCCUCCUCAAAGGGCGACAGUCCAGAAAUGAAGCAGCGCACGAUGCACAAGCAGGCCCCUUCACCCGUGCAUCCCAAUGCCCUGGACCGCACAGCCGCUUGGCUUUUGAAUAUGAACGUGCCAUUUUUAGAAGAGGAGAACAGUGACCCAGAGCCCAAGCACAGGGAUAAGAUCCGGAGUAAAGACGAGUUCAGCCAAGGGGAAAAGCAGUAUCAGCAGGACGUGGUGGUGCUCCAGGACAAGCUGCGCAUAUCCAACAAGAAGCUGGAGGAGUAUGAAGCCCGGUUCAAGUGCCAGGAGGAGACAACCCAAAAGCUGAUGCUGGAAUAUCAGGCGCGGCUGGAGGAGAGCGAGGAGCGGCUGCGGAGGCAGCAGGAGGACAAGGAGAUCCAGAUGAAGGGCAUCAUCAGCAGGCUGAUGUCGGUGGAAGAGGAGCUGAAGAAAGACCACGCGGAAAUGCAGGCGGCUGUGGAUUCCAAGCAGAAGAUUAUAGAUGCACAGGAAAAGCGCAUUGCCUCCCUGGAUGCUGCCAACGCCCGCCUCAUGAGCGCCCUCACGCAGCUGAAAGAGAGUAUGCGUUAGGAAUAAAAACAGUCAAAAAUCAAAAGCAGUCCACUUUCUGGAGUACUAUCCUCUUUUAAGGGGGAGUGGGUGCUGCGUGGGAAGUUAACCUGCUCGAAGGCCUCAAAAGGGACUAACCAGCAAGGACAGCGGCCUCCGAAAAGUGUCUCCCCUUUUCAGGAUCGCUGGGCAGCCGUUGGCCACCAUUAGCCACUCCCAAGGGAGCCUUCCUCCUCCUCUUCCUCCCCCCAGUGUCCUGGCUAGCUGAGGGCCAGCGGCAUGGCAGGGUGCACGCCCCUACUAACCUCCAAACGGCUUGCGGGUGGAUUGUGCGCAUGUCCUCCUCCAUGCCAAGCCCAGGGUGUGUUUGCAGGGGGUAGGAGGCAAGGCAGUCUGUGGCGGGGCCACAAAAUAGCCACACAGAACAAAGCGCUGGGAAGAAACCAGGACGUCCUUGGAUUCCACGUGGCUCCAAAAUGCUUUUUGGCACAGGGCUACGUUGGCACGCACCUGUGGUGUUUCUUAAGUUGCCUGGUGCUUAGCACAAACCAGCCGCCCUUCCCAAGCCCACCGAUAACAUGGUUUCAAACCUAAUUUUUAAAAAACAAGCCUAUUCCGUGCCACCAUCGCCCACGGGACUGAAUGAUCUGGACCUGUCCGACAAUCACGUUCCUUUGCUGCAAAGGAGAUAGAGGUUUGACCCCUGCAAGGUGCUUGCCCUUUCCCCAUCCCACCCCAAAAUCACAACCCAAUGUGUGCACCAGGAGGAUUAUUUUAAGUACACAAUGCCAAGGAAGAACAUGUCAACCCUCUCUGUAGACUUUAAGGGCUUAAAAACCCUAAAGGCACCAGAUCCUUUCUGUUCUUGGAAGCCAAGGAUGUUCAGUCCUGGUUAGUACUUGGAUGGGAGGCCACAUGGGGCUGUAGGCUCCAUUUCAGAGGAAGGAUCUGGCAUAACCACCUCUGAGCCUUUCUUGCCUAAGAAAACCCCAUGAGAUUGAUAAAUCAACAGGAGACUUGGAGACACAGAGCCAUUCACCCACAGCCCAUCUCCCCAAAUGAAAACCAGGACACAAAAAACUGAAUCUCUGGUGGGAAGCCCUCCUGCAAAAGGCCUCCCCCAGAAUGGCCAGUUUAGGUUUUUUGCAUCUGAUGGCUGCCUUAAAAGGCCAUUUGCGGAGGAGGGUUUCAUGGGGCGUUUGGGCCAGAACAAUGCCCCCCCCAUUGACCUGAGGUCUGCUGCUGUUGAAUGGGGGGUAUCUUUGGGUUCUCACGUGGGGAUGGGUCCCUCUUGCACAGCCCUCACCAUUUGCACACACAAGUUGCACAACCCACACAAACGGGUUGUUUGCCAAAUGCCCAUUAGCGGAUCUCAUUGCACAGCGAGUGACCAAGGAAUAAGGACCUCUUUAUAAAGAUGUACCCAGGCAUGUGUGAACAGGGGACUUGCCCACCCCCCAAAUCCCUCUCCCAAAAUGGUUCACCUAUAGAAAACAAUGCCCCCUUGGAGCAGUCAAAGGGUUCCUUUGGUGCAACCGGGUCUUUUGCCAUUUUUGAGAUCUUUUGCCAUAAGAACUUGUUCUAUAAUUCAAACAAUCUGUUAAGAAUUUAUUUUCUUUAAAACAUUAAUGGUGGUGAUACAUAGAUCAUUAUGAACAGACGUCAUACUGUUUCAUAUAUUUUUUUGGUAAUGCAACAAACACAAAUAUGCUUGAAUGUAUGAUUGUAAUGUGCCAUUUUCACCUAACGAAAGUGAUUUUGGUUCCGACGGUUCUGAUACUUUGCCUAUUUUCCAAAUGGUGUUUACUGCUACAUCAUGGGAGGAUAUGAGAGGGAAUUGGGUUUUGGUGCCACUGACGAUAUGCAACAUUUCAGAUCUGUAUAGUGGAUCUGGUUUUCUGGGUUGGACAGUUGCUGGCAUCCAAUGCAUCCUAAGAGAAGAUUGUUUCUGAUAUAGCCUUUUAUUUUGAACAACAAGGGAGUUAUUGUUGUUGAGCAGGAAAGCUCAAGAGAGACAGCAAUGGACUUCCAAGAGGUGCCAGAAACAUCGGGGACAACAACAAAAGCCAUGCCAACGCCAUACCCUUGCCCUCCUCUGUUCUUUGCAUUAUUGGGGGGUAUGACAGGGGAGCAAGCCAUGCGCAAAACCUGCUGCUCUGAGCCAUUGCCUCCCCCCCAAAAAACACGGAUGUAUGACUUCCCGAAGGAGGGCCUGUAUUUAGAAGCCAAAGGUUUAUGAGAAUGUAUCUGUGAGCAUGGAUGGCAUUCCCUUUUCGCCCCACUCCUCAACACACAAAGACCCCUUCGGAGCUUAACCAGGUCCCUAGUUGUGAGUUAUUUCUCUAGCUUACAUGGGAUUCAUGAAGCGGAGAGCCCAAAUAUCCUCCCUUAGCACUCACAAGCCAAGAAACAGGUACGAAAAAUGCCUUGUUUGGGCUAUGGCCGAGACCCAGGAGCCAGCAUGGUGCGGUGGUUUGAACGACUCUGGAGACCAGGGUUCAAAUCCCCACUUGGCCAUGAUCUUGUGCAAUGGCAAAUCCCCUCUGAACCCAUCUUGCCAAGGAAACCCCAGGAGAGGUGUUUGCCUUGGGGUGGCCAUAUGCCAGGAACAACUUGAAGGCACACAACCACAAAGAGGCAAGCUGGUUUAGUGAAGGAUGCUGGGUUCUGGAGUGGCCUCUGUGCUGCCCACUUCAAGGGCCUUUGACGACAAGAGAGGUAUGCCCAGAGGUCUCCCAUGGUUGGGUCCCUUUUCUGCCUGAUCCAUGGCUACUCCAGUUGUGUCUAACUUUGCAUUAAAGCGAACCCCAGGCGAAACAGCAAAGCCUUAGCUGUCCCCAUAAAACAUUUCCUCCUCUGCCUUAGAGAACAAGUAAACCCCAAGUUGACAUACUAGGGUCCUAGGUGCAAAAGGAAACCCAACAGAUGGCUGUUGUUCUCUAGCCCUCACCUCUCCUCUGCAGACUUUCCCCUCUCUCUUUGCCCUUUCUUCCAAGUGCCACAGAAGAGUCUGUUCCCAUGUGCCCACGUCCGUUUGGAAACCAUAUCUGCCACAUUGGUUUCCGCACAUAGUAAGCCUCCAACAUGGAGACCAAGGGCCUAAGUGCUCCUUGCCUUGAAAGAAAGGAAACUGGGCCAAAAGGGACGGCGCCUGGGACUUUAUCUCUGAGUUAAAUCCAAGGAAGAUGGACAUUACUUUAAUCCAAAAGGACUUUCUUUUUUUCCAGUGCCACCAAAACAAGGACUCUUCCCAAGUCAAGCUGUAUAUGUUCCACGUUUUUGGCGCCCGAUCGGUGUCCGACUCCAUGUCUUGGGUCCCCCCUCAUUUGCAUCACUGUGUCUUAAAAUUAUAUAUAUAUAAAUAUAUAUACUUAUAUAAAUACCUCCCUCUCUUUCUCUCUCUAAUCUCUCUGUAUAUCUGCUCCGGCCAAUAUUUGUUCCUGUUGCAGCAGUUUGAAAAUCAAAAAAACAUGUUUUAUACCCUUAUAAAGGAAAGAAAAAACCAAGCAAAAAAUGAAAUGAAUUUUUUUUUGUAAUUAUGUUUAAAAUAAUAACGGUAAUAAUUAUGAUAUUAUUAUUAAUCAUAUGAAGCUGUGGGCAGGACUUGGUUGACUCUCCUUCAGCCUCUUUUAAAACAAACGAACAAAAACCCAAUGUAAUAAUGUACAGAGAAACUAGUUGGUGUUGGGGGAAAGAAAAAACUAUGUGGCUGUGCAAUUUAUGUACAUUUGCAAUUAGAAGAGUAUUAAAGAUUUAUUUAGCUAUUUUA